CACAAUCUGAUACAGUAUGCUCUAACCCACUACAGCCUUCCUUUGCAAUUCAGGAAAUUAAUUUUUUCCUACUACGACAGUCUUUGCGCUUUCGUCGUACAACCACACACACCCACCUUUAAUUACAACAUUGGUGUUUUCCAGGGGUGCCCCUUGUCCCCGGUCCUUUUCAAUAUUUGUUUCCAGCUUCUGCUGGACUCACUUGCAGCCCCUGAAUUAAGUUGCCUCUCCUAUGAUUUUAAAUCUGCCCCUUUGCAAGUGUCCCAAACAGCUUUUGCUGAUGACUUAGGCCUCUAUAGCAAAUCUAGUGCAGGUUGUCAAAAACUCAUUGCGGUCACGGAGGACUUUCUCUCGUGGACCCAAUGUAUGCAGGCGGCGCCGCACAAAUGCAAAAGCAGUGCAGCAAAGCUUGUAGAUGGCCGGUACAAACCUUACGAUCCCUGCCUGACAAUGUCAGGGAGGAAGAUCGCUUUCAUUGACACUGCAGAGUUCAAGUUCCUGGGGCGAAGGCUGCAUGCUGAUUGCUCUGAGCAGACCCAGCGGGAAGACAUCCGUCAACUCACUGUAUCUCUCAUGCAAAAAGUAGAUGGCUCUUGGCUUCAAGACCACCACAAGCUAUGGCUUUACCACCAUCUUGUAGUGCCCAAGCUUUCUUGGUCUUUCCAGGUUCUUGAACUCACACAAGGUUUUGUACGUGAACUGCACUUUAUGUGUUUACCAUUUCUGAAGAAAUGGUCAGGCCUACCUCGAUGCGCAAACUCUGCCAUUCUUUUUAUUGGCAGUCGCAAACGCUUUGGCUUACGCCUCCACUACCUUCCUACGGUGUGGAAAAAGUGCCAGUCCAUCAAAUGGCACAUUCUUCGAUCGAGUGGGGACGCGCGCAUGAGGGCGCUGUACACUCUGCGUCGGAGUAAGGAUGCGAAGCUGACAAAGCGAUAUGCGGCGACAAUAGAGCUGGAGUGUGCAGAGGCAUCAGUAGGUUCAGGGACUCGCCGUCCACCGUCAUCUUCAAGUCAUCGUGCAGGGUUGGGUGCUCCUGCUCCGAAGCAGCAUUCCAAACCCCCGAGGAAGGAUCUCCUUCAAACAUUUGAGGAGAUCAACGCGCAGGAGCAGAUUUUGAGGCUGAAGACUCUUCAGGUGCAAGGCAAGUGGUUGGAGUGGACAUCGGUGAUGUGGCAGGACCUCUCGUGGAAAUCCCUUUUGUACGGUGGUACUGGUAAGGAUUUGAAAUUUCUUCUCGCAUCAACCCUCGACGUGCUACCUUCUCCGACGAACCUACGCCGUUGGGGAAACACCGUAGUGGAUCCGUACUGUAGUUUGUGCCGUACCUGGGCCUGUACUACGCGCCACGUGCUUGGCGCUUGUCGCGUAGCGCUGGACCAGGGACGUUACACCUGGAGGCACGACAACGUACUCGGGGUCAUCGUCAGGAACAUGCGUGAGGAGAUUCGAAUCCGCACUGCUGCAAACACCGUACAAACCGAAAAUUCAAAUGAGCUUGACUUCAUCUCGUUUUGCAAGGCGGGAGAGAAGCCAGUUCGCGUUCAGCCCAGACGAAAGUUGGUUACGACUGAUCUCCUGUCAGCGGCCUCAGACUGGAAACUUCUUGUCGACUCAGUUAGUGCAAAGAUUUCUUUCCCUAGCUGUGUUGCACUUACCACCCUAAGACCAGAUAUAGUUCUGUACUCUACGAGUCGUAGGAUUGUAUUCUGGAUGGAGUUGACAGUUUGUGCUGAGGACAGAUUCAGUGUCAGUAACUCGCGGAAGGACAGGCGGUAUGCGGAUCUGGCCGAUCAAUGCCGAGCAAACGGGUGGCAGGUCGUUUCUUUUUCGGUUGAGUAAGACGUCUCUGCGAAGCAGCUACAUCAUCUGGUUGCGGCGUCAACAAAAACACUGGUCGGAAGAUCCACUUUUCUGAGGUACUGUAUGUGGGGCUCCGUUUAUUGAGGUGCGUUGAAAUUUAUUCUCUUUAUCUUAUUAUUUCUUUUCUAUAAUUUCCCCAUAUGAGUUCCUAUCAGUUGCUGUGAACACCUUGAGUGGAGAGCGCUUGCUCGAGCGUUGAACCGGGUUCUUAAUCCACCAUACCCAGUUCGCAAGGCUGGGCGGGGUUGUGAGCAGGCUUUCAUUUCAUCUUUUCUUAUUAUUUCUUAUUAUUUCUGCUUUUCAUCUCAUUACAAAACUUCUGCGCUUUUUCUCCAUCUGCGCAUAAAAUCUAGACUGACAACCUGCUUGUUAAAUCAUGCACCUGCUUUCAGGCGUAAAAACCCUGUUGUAGAGGUCUCAGUCCUCAUUUGUUAGACUUACCUGUCUUUAUAAAUGUAACUUACUCUCUCUCUCUCUCUCUC